CGUGACUAGUGUGGUGUGUGAGUUUCAAACUGUGGUGGUUGACGAGUGAGUCACUUGGUCGUGCCGGCCAGACAACUGUUGAGUAAGAUGGUUCGUCAAGUCCAUGAGGACGUCCUACCAUGUCCAGAGAGAACCGCCAGAUCUCCGCCCAGCUGAUAGUCUGCUGGCUCCUGGCUCUCCUGGGGCUGGCCUCAUCCGACAUGAACAAUACAGCGCCGCCCCUGACCUGCGAUGACCUGGCCUGUGAAAACUACAACGUCUGCCACCUGGUGCUGGUCAACGGCACACAGGUCGGUGACGCCUUCUGUGUCUGUAAGGGGGAGUGGGCGGGGCAGAGGUGUGAGUCUAGGAUCAAGCUGGCAUCGUCUCGUGUGACGUCACGGCAGGUGACGCUGGAAGUGGAGCAGGCCCCGCCCUCCCGUAGACCUGAAAGACUGAAAGAUCUGCACAUCAGGAGGCUGACCCUGGUGCUGUGGAACCUGAACGCCAGCGACCACUGUAUGGUGCUACAGCAAGCCCAGGUCCAGACGCCCAUCGUCCUGACGGGGCUAGACAGGAACCAAGGCUAUGUGGCCUGUGUAGCCAACGGCCAACUGGAGUCCUGCUCGCUCUUUGACGUCACUAACCUGACUUUCAAGCCCAACUGUUUAUAUUUUAAAACCAAGCUCACGGACGCCGACCCGGUGCAUUUUAUUCUAUAUAUAGCAGUAGGAGUUCUCGCGCUUUUUGUGCUAACUUGCUGCUGUUUUAUUUACACCAAACGCCAUACUUUAAUCGUUCAGCUCAUUCUCAACGUGUUUUGUUGUCGGAACUGCUACUGCUGUCGGAAAUACGCUAAGAGAAGACACCAGUCUAUGCGCAAACAAAGGGAAGUAAGAGAUGACGUACUUCUCUCCCCUGAAGUUAAUCUGGACAUCGUACGCAGGAGAGGGACUUUAGAGUCCAGCUAUAGAGCAUCCAAGACAUCUUCCAUGCUGUCACGGAUCAGUGCCUAUUCAAUGGACCCUGACGGGUUCACUGACGUGAGCGGUUCACUCAACCACAACACAUUUUUCUACAUGGAUCAAGGCGUGGUCGUACCAAGCUAUUUACCUCAUAACGAUACAAGCAUGACGUCAUCCUACCUUGACGAUGACCUGUUUUCAUCAACCACCGACAAAUCUGUCAGCUGCAUCGGUUCCUUGGACCUGACAAACAUUGAUGCCAGUCCAGCGAAACUAUUUCCCACAAUAUCUCAAGAAUUCGGACCUUACUUAACAGAUGAUGCGGCGGAUUUGAUUUUCUCUAGUGGAUCACACGACACAUUCCAACCAUUUUCUCAAGGAAAUAACUGCAACGUUCAAAGUUUUAACAUUGAAUAUCCAUUGACAACGAUGAAUUCAAACAAUUGUUCAGAAUUAUCAAAAUUAAAAAAUUCCAACAUAUAUCGUCAUCAUCCGUAUUUACAGAAACAGUUGAAUAAAACCAGGUCAAAUAACAGUUCUUUAUAUCUUAGCGAAUCACGUGAUCACUUGUUAAAAGACCGUCCCAUGGAACCAACCAAUCACGUCCAUCAACACUGCAAUGGAGGUGCCUUAACAGACUCGAGCACAAAGUUAACAAACGAUGUUUGCUUAACGCCUGCUCUCCCUCAAGACAAAAUCAAUUACAUUUCCUCGAAAUCUGAUUGGCUAUUCCAGAAUCGACAGUUUAACCAUCAUUACAAUACAAUGCCAUCAUUAGGCAAAAAAUUACAGAGUUUCAAAAAACCAAAUCACGUGAUAAGUUUAGCCAAUGGAAACGACAUAAAAGAUAGAAACUUGACGCUUCCGAGGGCUCAGAAAUCUGGUCUUCACAUUCCUCAAGUCGCAGACGAUAUCUUUAACGGCUUGAACUUCUGCACGCUACCCAGAAUUCAGCGCACUACGUCUGUUGUCAAGCGACCCCAGAAACCCACAACCUUGACCUUACACACCAACACGAGGCCUGCCAGCCCAGCCCUGCCCCACACCGCCCCGACCAGUCCAGUCCCGUCCCCCCACAUCACCCCAACAAACUCCCGACCUACUGGUCGACACGUCAGAAACCUCAUCUCUCACUUCGAACACAAUUUCGGUUUAUUCCGAGUCUCCAAACAGAACUCAAUGACAGACGAAGAAGAAGAAUACAGAGAGCUUCAGUCUCCUCUAGUAGAAGACCGCAAACAGCUGAGGAAACAGCGCUCCGUCACACCCAGUAAAACAACCCCUACAGCCCCCAACAGCUGUCCCGGCCCUGGGAUAUUUGAAGGACACCCCUCACAACACUACAUCCCUCCAUUCUCGCCCGCCGAUGAUUGUGACGACCACUCGACUUAUUCACUUGACCUUAUGGCAGAUGACCUUUCCAGUGAAAAAAGCGUCAUUUCCUGUUUCGAUGACGACAACAGUAAUUUAGUGACGCCGUUUUUGUCGGACUCAGAUGACGACACCUACAACGGUCUAACGUCUCUCGGUGGGUCAAUGGACACAUUAUGUAACGACACACCAGCGUGUAACGACACACCAGCGUGUAACGACACACCAGCGUGUAACGACACGCCAAUAGAAAACUCAUUUGGGCAUGGAUUUGUGAGGGCUGCUAACAGAGAUGAAACAAACUUUGAAACGCACGAUAAAUAACAUUACAUUUUAUUGUUUGCAAAUGGUUUUUGAUAUAUUUUUGCUAAUAUUUUUGUCAAAAUUUGUUGUCAUAUAUUUUUGGCAAAAAUUUUCUUUAAAACUGUUGUUUGUGUUGUGAGCGACUCUUUCUACAACAAUAAACUUGAUUCGAUC